UAGCCCGUGGAGUUGUUCCAAAAUUAGAUAAAUCAUUAAGUGAUAUAAUUUUUAAAAAGCUGUAUGUAUCAAUUUGGUAGCCCUUCGUAUCACUUAGUACCCACGAAGUAGCUCUUAGCAGCCAAAAGGUUGGUGACUCCUGGACUACAUGCUAAACUCUUUAUUUAGCUUCUUUUAUUUAUUAGCAAUGUAGUUCUGUAAUUUAUUUUUAUUUAUUUAAUUUUACUUAUCAACUUUAUUUGAAUAUAUAAAAAACUAUUUCAAUCUAAGAUAGAAUAUAAUUACGACCUAAUAUUACUCUUUACAUAUUGUUACACUGUUUUGAUAAAAUGGAGCAAUAACAUCAACAACAAUAAAUAAGUAAAGCCAUAUUAUUAAAACAUUUAAAAUAUAAAAGUGAUACUUAAGGCAACAGUUGGAUUGUUUUUGCAAACAAAAGAUUUUUGUUUUUUUUUAUAUUGGCCCUGCUGUCCUUACAGCAAGAGGGAAGGACAGCAGGGGAGGGGCGAGGAGGUAUGGUCAGGCCUCAAUGUCACAGUAGGCCUUUGCUACAGUCAUGGCGGUGAGCACUGGAGAGCAGCAGCAUGUGGAGCAAGUUUAAAGAGAGAAAACAGGUUUGAUAGUAACAAUGAAAACAUCUAUAAGGAGAAGAAGAGUUCAACCUCAACAUGACGCAGAAUACUAUAUUAAGCUGAAAAUUGACAAGACUGGUCUAACAGAACAGUUCAUCAACCCAUGCAAAGGUCGUGGUGUAAUUGCCACACAGCUUUUCAAACAGGGAGAUUUUAUCCUUGAAUACCGUGGAAAGCUUUCUAAAGUGGAUCCUUACCUUCAAAGAGAUAAAUUCAAUGAUACAGUGGAAGUUUUUUUGUUUGAUUUCAAAUGGAAAGGGACCUGCUGGUGCAUUGAUGCUUCUAUUGAAGACAAGUCACUGGGACGACUAGUGAACGAUGACCACCGAAGGCCUAACUGUAAGAUGAAAACAGUUGAAGUUGAAGGGAUACCACAUCUUUGCCUGUUUGCCCUCCGAGACAUUGAACCAGGAGAAGAAAUAACUUAUAACUACGGAAAAGCUGAUUGGCCUUGGCGCAAGAUGGACAAAUCUUCUACCCCUGAAGUCAGCAAUCAAACUGGCAAUGAUGAACACCGCCAUCAGGACAAAUCCACCCCUGAAGUGAGCAACCAAACUGGCAAUGAUGAACACUGCGCUCAGGACAAGUCUUCUACCCCUGAAGUCAGCAACCAAACCGGCAAUGAUGAACACCGCCAUCAGGAGAAAUCUUCUUCCCCUGAAGUCAGCAACCAAACUGGCAAUGAUGAACACCGCCAUCAGGACAAAUCUUCUUCCCCUGAAGUCAGCAACCAAACUGGCAAUGAUGAACACCGCCAUCAGGACAAAUCUUCUACCCCUGAAGUCAGCAACCAAACCGGCAAUGAUGAACAUCACGAUCAGGAGAAAUCUUCUUCCCCUGAAGUGAGCAACCAAACUGGCAAUGAUGAACACUGCGCUCAGGACAAAUCUUCUUCCCCUGAAGUGAGCAACCAAACUGGCAAUGAUGAACACCGCCAUCAGGACAAAUCUUCUACCCCUGAAGUGAGCAACCAAACUGGCAAUGAUGAACACCGCCAUCAGUCACGGUUAACCAAGCUGCGGCAGCAUCAUGAGAAAUGCCUGAAACGUCACAGAAUGGCAGAGGAGGAGCAUAAUGCUAAAGAAAAACAUUACACCAUGAUUUUAAUGAAACGUGCAAAACUAGCACAGGAACUGGCAAAACUGGAUGCUCUUCUAAAAUCCCAGCCUGAAAAUACUACUGACAUGAGUUCUCAGCAUGAUAUUCAGCCACUACCUUCAUCUGAUAGUUCCUUCUUGGAGGAAUUAAGGACCAGCGAAAGAUUGGAAAAAGAGCAGCAGGCAAGAGUUCCUUCUGUAUUUUCCACAUCACCAAUUCAACCUGAAAAUUGCUCUGUUGAAUACUUAAAAAAGAGGCCAUCAAGACAAAAACAGGUCUCUACAUAUACAGAAACAUCUUUUGAUGAAUCUGAUUACACAGACUAUAGUGAUGCUGAUUAUAUUCCAGACUCUGAAGGAAGUUCCUCUCAGAAAGACGAAGAUGUGCCUCUUAAUCCAAUUGCAAAGAAGCCUCUGCCUUCUCUGCGAUACCCCCAUUUAUCGCCAUCAAAACAAGAUAUUUCUUCAGAAAUUUCAGUGAAUAGAAAUGUUACCAUUAGUCCUAAGAAGAAGAUCUCUGAAACUCCAAGAAAGAGAAGGUUCUUAUCCCAAAGUGCAACAAAUAGCAAUGAAAGUACACCAAAGAAAAGCAGAGUUGAAGAGAUUUCGGACUCAAUCAGAGUGUUACCACCUUUAAAGUCUGGAAAUCGCCGUGUGUAUAAUAAGAGAAACUAUUGUCUGUAUUGUCUCCAACCCACAUCAAAACUUGCACGACACCUGGAGGCUGUACAUAAAAAUGUAGAAGAGGUUGCUCUUGCCUUUCAAUAUCCCAAAAAUUCAAGAGAGAGACGCAAUAGGUUGAACAUGCUUAGAAGACGUGGAAACUUUGCCCAUAAUGCCAGUGUGGUCAAGAGGGGAGCCGGUGAGCUCCAGGCCUGCUAUAGACCAAGGAAAUCCAGGGGUGCCAUUGAUUUCAUUCACUGUUAUCACUGCCAAGGACUCUAUGCUAAGAAAACACUGUGGAAGCACAUGAGAAGAUGCCCAGCAAAGAAAGAAAGUAAUGAAGACUCCAAGAAUGGGAAGCAGAGAGUUCGAUCCAAAUGUGCACUGAAAACUGCUGUUGCUCGUGACAUUGGAGAGGGUUUGAAAACUGUUAUUUCCUGUAUGAAAUAUGAUGAAAUUACUCAAUUAAUUCAAAAUGACCAACUUCUUCUGCAGUUUGGACAGCACCUGUAUGAUCUGAAUGGCUCAAGAAAGAACAGACAUGACUACAUAAGGCAAAGGCUUAGGGAACUUGGGCGACUGCUUCUUACGACUCGGAAGAAUACUGCCAUUCAAAAGGCAGAGGAACUGAUUUAUCCUGCGAACUUCAAUCAUUUGAUAUCUGCAGUGAAAGAGUUGGCUGGGUACAAUCCAGAGGGAAAUACCUUCCAGAAACCUUCCUUGGCUCUAAAAAUUGGCAACAAUCUGGGAAUUAUCUCUGAGCUUGUUGAGACUGACAACUUGUCCUCAGAAGACGGAGACCCAAGCCUUGUGCAAUUUGCCCGAGAAUUUAGGAUGAUCAAAAAUUUUAGAUGGAAGGGACUGAUCACCAGAGGUGCAACAACAACUAUGAAGGAGUCCAAGUGGAAUGCACCACAGAUUUUACCUUUGACAGAUGAUGUCAAAUGUUUGGAUAGUCAUAUGGAGACUGUUAAAGCUGGUGCUGAAAAAGUACUGAGAUUGACGCCCACUCCAUACCACUAUGCAAUGCUUGCCAAAGUAACACUUGCUCAAGUGAUCAUUUUUAACAGAAGAAGAGAAGGAGAGGUAUCACGAAUGGAGUUGUCCACCUUCAAAGAUAGAAAAAAGUCAGAAAUCAAUGUGGACAUGACUGCUUGCCUGACCCCACUUGAGAACAAAAUGUGUGAUUUCUUCACCAGAGUAGAAAUCCGUGGAAAACGAGGGAGAGGCGUUCCUGUUCUCUUAAAACCAUCCAUGGUCUCUGCAAUGGAGCUCCUUGUGGAAACGCGUGAAUCUUGUGGUGUCCCCAAAGAGAACAUCUACAUGUUUGCUAGACCAGGAGCUUUAUCUGCCUGUCGAGGAGGAGACUGUAUCCAGAUGUUUGCAAAGGAGAGUGGUGCCAAACACCCUGAAUUCUUAACAUCAACAAGGCUCCGAAAGCACAUAGCAACAAUGUCACAGGUGCUUAAUCUUCAAGAAAAUGAAGCAGACCAACUAGCAGACUUUCUGGGUCAUGACAUCCGUGUGCACAGGCAGUAUUACCGCUUGCCUCAGGGAACCCUUCAGCUUGCUAAGAUGAGCAAAGUGCUUUUGGCAGUGGAGAACGGAACUCUUUCACAUUACAAAGGCCAAACACUCGAUGAUAUUGAAAUUGACCCUGAAGAAAAAGUUGAUUUGCAAGAUCUGGAUUCCUCAAGCGAUGAGAGUGAGUCUCUUCAUUCAGCUAUGGAGACAACAAAUACACAAGAAACUGAGACAACAGAUCAGGAUGAAGACACUGGACCAGGGACUUCUUCAGGUCCAACAACUUGUUACCAUCCUCCCUUGAAAAAGGGCAACCAAGGUAACUCCAAACGUAAGUGGGAAGACCGUGAGGUACGUGCAGUUGAAAGACACAUGAUGCGUUUCAUCCACACAUGCAAGGUGCCUCAGAAGCUGGACUGCAUUCGGUGCAUCAAUGCAGAACCCUAUGCACUCAAAGACAGAACCUGGACUGGGGUAAAAAAUUACGUUAGAAAUCGCAUUACUGCCUUGAAGAGAAGAGCUUGUGCAAAGGACUGAGAGCUGUUUGUUCAUUUUCAGUUCCAUUUAAGUUCUCUGUUUUUCAGGUAAAAUGGUUCGGAAUAUGUUUUGAACAAUUUUAGGCUCAGUGAUUAGGUGUAUUUUUACCUCAAGCCUUUCCUCAUUCUGAGGGGUUACAAAAAACAAAAAACUUUUUUUAAGUUGACAGUUUUUAAACUUAGUUUUCAUUAUGUAUCCACAUCAUGUUGAAUGUAUUUGGAAGCAAAGUUCUUAUUUUAUUAAAGUUUGGUUGAAGCAGGCACUCAGUGGUCCACAUGUAUUUUCUUUUGUAGUACGUUUCUGUACAUGUAUAGUGUGCAUGUUAACUGCUAAAACAGAGUUGUAACAAAAGCCACAGAACAUUUAAAUUAUUCUAUGGCACAACAAGUUGGACAGAGCUGUAAUUUCUUCAAAACAAAUAGAGACCUGACUUUGAAGUUCUGGCAAGCCCCUUGCAUGUUGUCAAAUUAGCAAACUGAAUUGUGAAAUAAUUACUGUAGGAUUGGAUAGAAAAAUAUGACCUUUUACAUUGUG